AUGUGGUUGAAUGGGCUUGGGGAUCCGGAAGAUGUGAAGACUAUUAGUUGGGGAAGUGCGGCAUUGACCUACCUUUAUCAUUAUCUGUGCGAGGCGUCCAUGGAUAAGAGAAAAGAGUUGGGCGGGCCUAUGAUCCUUCUGCAGCUAUGGGCGUGGGAAAGAAUGCCCACAUUGAGGCCUGCGUUCAUAGGACCAGUUGUGCACGAGCCAUAUACACCAUGUGGCGCCAGGUGGAAAGGAACAACGGUGAUAGGAAAUGCUCCUAGACACUCGGUUGAGCAUUACCGUGACCAAAUAUCUCUGAUUAGACCUGGCCAGUUUAUCUGGACGCCAUACGCACGAGCCCUACUGCCUGACUACUGCAAUGAUGCAGCUGGAUGCUCUCUGUGCGAGACCUACUUGGUAUGUUUGGCCUAUGAUAUACCGCAGAAUGUAGACAGGAUGCUAAGGAACGCCGAUCAUUUAGGCAAAAAUGAUCGGCGUGGUAAGAAGGGCAACAACUGGGCAAACACGCAUCAGUUCUUCAUUGGGGAGUGGGACAUGAGGUACGAAAGGUUCCAAGCUGCCGAAUACACCGCACCGAUGUCCUUGAAUAUUCCCAUGAGCCCGGGUUAUAUGGCGUGGUAUAACAGGAUUACCGUGACGUACAUGACUCAGCCUGGGGCACUGGCCACUGCUGGGAUGAACGAGUCGGCUGCUUCGAUGAGACUAUUUGUUGAGGGUUUUCAGCGGGUUUUCCAUUUAACUACAGAAAACGAAAUGGACCCACGGGUGCGCUAG